UUUCUUUCUGCCUCCCCUCCUGUCUCCUUCCUCCCACUGCCUUCCUUUGCUACUGCCGCUGCUGCUCACCGCCGUGUGCACUCCAGCACAGCCUCCACAACCCGAGGUAUCAGUCAUCUGAAACGCAGCCAUCUGGAACUCAACGUCACGCCGCACAGGACCGCUCCAGCGCCGCACGGCUGCAGCUCGUGGGUCCUCGCCAGCUUCGCCACGGGCGCCACUGGACUCCGGCGUCAACGCUUCCCGCUUCCGCGCCUGAAAUGAGAAUUUUAUUGCACAUUAUACAGCUUAAUGAGGAAACCCAGAAUGGCUUUCGGGAUUAACCUCUGCUCCUGGUAGAACCACCUACGAGUCCGCGCUCGUCGUCUCGCGGCCCGGGGGAACCUCACGAUGCGCGUGGGUCCCGCUCUCCUUUAAAACAAGCCCGCCUGCUCCGGACCAUGACCCUGCGAGGAUCUACGGGGGCGGUGUUGCGUUAGCUUGGAUUUGACGCCUGCUCUGCGAGGAGCGCCGCGCAGGUCUGCGGCGGCGCCGACGGCGGCCGCGGCGCCGGACGUGGGGGGACGUUGCCACCAGCUUUACCGAAGCACCCGCCACCAUGAGGAUGCCCAGCACCUCCCGUCUCUGUCCCGUCCUGGUCUGCCUCUGCUUCGUGCAGAGGUACUGCGGGGCCAGCCACCACCCUCCCACCAAAGUGCCCUCCAAGAACCAGACGCGGCUGCCGAACGGGGAGGCCGAGGUGCACCACCGGCUGAAGCGGGGCUGGAUCUGGAACCAAUUCUUUGUUUUAGAAGAACACAUGGGGCCGGACGCACAAUACGUGGGCAAGCUUCAUUCCAACUCAGAUAAAGGCGAUGGAUCAGUCGAGUACAUUUUAACUGGAGAAGGAGCCGGGACUAUAUUUGUCAUCAAUGAAGUGACUGGAGAUAUUCAUGCCACUAAGAGCUUGGAUCGGGAAAGGAAAACACAUUAUGUCCUCCAUGCGCAAGCGUUGGAUCGCAACACAAAGAUGGCGCUGGAACCAGAGUCGGAAUUCAUCAUCAAAGUACAAGACAUCAAUGACAACGCACCCAAAUUUCCAGAUGGACCCUUUGUAGCUACGGUGCCUGAGAUGUCUGAAGUGGGCACGUCUGUGUUACAAGUCACAGCGAGCGACGCCGAUGACCCCACCUAUGGAAACAGCGCCAGGAUAGUCUACAGCAUCCUACAAGGACAGCCAUAUUUCUCCGUCGACCCCAAAACAGGAAUCAUCAGGACCGCCUUAGCGAACAUGGACCGGGAAGCCAGAGAACACUACACCGUCGUUAUCCAAGCCAAAGACAUGGCGGGUCAGGUCGGAGGCCUCUCUGGAUCCACCACCAUCAACAUUACCCUGACCGACGUCAACGACAACCCGCCCAAGUUCCCUCAAAAAAAUUACCAACUGUACGUCCCUGAAUCCGCUCAAGUAGGGAAACCAGUUGGCAAGAUCAAAGCCAAUGACGAGGACCUUGGCAUUAAUGCAGACAUCAAGUACAGCAUUAUUAACUCAGAGGGGGCCAACAUGUUCUCCAUAUCCACAGACAGGGACACAAGGGAGGGAAUAAUCAGCCUUAAAAAGCCCCUGAACUACGAGAGGAAGAAGACCUACACUCUCCACAUCGAGGGGACCAAUACUCACGUGGAUCCUCGUUUUUCCCAUCUGGGUCCUUUCAAAGACACCGCCACUCUUAAGAUCACAGUGGGGGAUGUGGACGAAGCGCCUGUCUUCUCUAUGGAUACCUAUAUAUUGGAUGUAUAUGAGAACGCACCGAGUGGCACGGAGGUGGGCGCCGUUACAGCCCAGGACCCUGACAGCAGGAAUAGUCCUGUCAGGUAUUUCAUGGACAGCAAAGAGGAAGGAGAAAGGUACUUCAGAAUCGAUGAGACCAGUGGAGUUAUAUGGACGACGCAGCCGCUGGACAGAGAAGACACGCCCUGGCACAACGUCACUGUGAUGGCCUCGGAGGUUGACAACCCCAGCCUCCUUAGUCACGUUCCUGUUACCGUCCAGGUCCUGGACGUGAAUGACAAUCCGCCAGAAAUAGCUACAGAGGAGGAGGUCAUUGUGUGCGAGAGCUCAAGGCCGGGACAGGUGAUCCAGACCAUCACGGCCGUGGAUAAGGACGACUUUGCCAACGGACAGCGGUUCUCCUUUGAUCUGCCGAGUCAGCUGCCAGUUAAUCCCAACUUCACCCUGAAGGACAAUGACGACAGCACAGCCAGCAUCAUCGCCAGGCGGCGGCGGUUCAACCAUCUGACCCAGGAGCGGUAUGAGCUGCCCAUUGUGGUGCAGGACAGCGGGGAGCCGUCGCUGAGCGGCACCAGCACGCUGACCCUGCGGGUGUGUCCGUGCCAGCGCCACGGCCGGGUCCGGAUGUGCCAGGGCGAGGCCUUCCUCUCGUCGGCGGGCCUCAGCACGGGGGCGCUCAUCGCCAUCCUGCUGUGCAUCGUCAUCCUGCUGGCCAUCGUGAUUCUCUUCAUCACCCUGAGGCAGAACAAGAAGGAGCCCCUCAUCAUCUCCGAGGAGGACAUCAGGGAGAACGUGGUCACCUACGACGACGAGGGCGGGGGCGAGGAGGACACCGAGGCCUUCGACAUCAUCGCCCUCCGUAACCCGGCUGCCGCAGAGGAGCUCAAGUUCCGGCGGGACGUGCGCCCCGAGGCCAGGCAGCACGGCGGCCCGGCCCGCAGCUGCAGGAGCCCGUCGGUGGAGCUGGACGAGGUGGACGUGCACGAGUUUAUCAAGCAGAAACUGGUGGAGGCCGACUUGGACACUAGCGUGCCGCCCUACGACUCCCUCCAGACGUACGCCUACGAAGGUCAGGGCUCGCCCACGGGAACCAUCAGCCCGUUGGACUCUCCCGGCACGCAGUCAGAACAGGAUUAUAACUACUUGGACGAUUGGGGACCCGAGUUCCAGAAACUGGCUGAACUCUACGGAGAGGCAGAGUCGGAGAUGACAACCUAGUCUGUGGUUUCCCUCCCGUCCAAACCAAAUCUGUUUGAAAACCAUUUUUCAGAUUUUCAGUAAACAGUAUAAACAGAGAUACUGUCAAACUGUGCUGGUGGUUUUCGACUUCUACCGUUGAACUUCUACUGAAAGACUGCUCUAUUUUUCUUUUGUUUUGUCGCUUUGGAUCAUGGAUCGCUCAUCUGGAAGUAUUGAAUCAGAUUUUGAGAUGGAAAAACAACUAUAUGGGGAAAAAGGAAAAUGGUAUUUUCCUUGGUGUAUAUUUUUUAUUGCUCAAUAAAGUCCUUAAAUCCAUAUGAGUGGAUAUGUGAA